AUGGAUAAAUUAAAACGAAAUUUGAAGACAUUAAUGGACGAUCGGGAAGGUGAAGAUGUUUACAGAUAUGAACAGCUAUUUAAUGAGGAAAUCAUCGGGGUAAACUCUCCGUUGACACCGUCGAUGACUUUGAAGAAACCGGAUCGGCAGAACUAUGAUGGCGAUGAUCUUGAAGACAUGGAAAUGUUUAGUAUCGGUGAUCACGGUGAUGAUGAUGAUGAUGAUGAUGAUGAUGCUGCUGCUCACGAUGAAGCAAGUGGCAUGGCAAAGAGAAAAAGUGAAACCAAGAAAAGUAUUGAUAGUAAGAAAAGUAUCGACUCCAAAAAAAGCAGAAAUGAUAUCGAUGAUGGAACGGUAUUUGAAAAUCCGUUUGCUACUGAUGUUGAUUCUUUUGAAGAUCAAAGUAUUGAUAAUAACCCCAGAUCUGGUUAUUUGAAUAAUACCAGUACCACAGCGAUUUUCGAUGGUAGAGGAGUGAAUGAUUAUAAUCUGAGUCGCUCGCCAAUGUUGUCAGAAGGUCACCGGGAAAAUGCUGAUAAUGAAGAUCUGUUGAAAUUUGGCAAUGUGAAAGUCUCAUUUUUCAGCACAAAAGUCAGAAAAGACUUAAGGCAGGUGUUGAAAUCUUUUGUACAAAUCUAUUCUUUGAUGUUAUUUCUUGUUAUUGGAAUUGGCUCGAUUUAUUAUGGCACCUUAUACAAUCGCGGACAGUACCUUCAUGAUAAUAUUACCAUUAACAUUGUGAAUGAUGAUCAACAAGUCAAUGAGAUCAAGCCGCUUAUCGGAUCUAAUUUGGAAUUUGUAGCCAAGAAUGACAAAAUGCUCAACUCAAAAGUCAAGUUCCAGUAUUUGACAUCCAAUGACUUUUCCGAUGAGUUUGAAAAAAAUGAGAAUUCUACUAUUUUUGAUAUUUUAGAACAACGAGUCGUGGAGAAAAAAUCAUGGGCGUACGUUUACAUGAACGCAAACUCAUCAUAUAAUCUUUACCGAUCCUUGAAAAAUCCUUCAUCCAGCCCAGAAUUUGACAGUUCCAAGAUCAUGUACAUGUAUUAUUCAUCCAUCAGAGACCCAAAAAUCAUUAAUAUGCUCAUCAAGCCAACAUUAAACAGCAUUGAACAUUUGUAUCAAGAAUCAUUCCAAACCGCGGUCAUGGCCCCUUUCCUCGCCAAAUGGUUAGACGCCUCCGAGCAACAAAACCUUGUCAAUAACUAUAAGUCGAUUUUAUUCCAAAAUAUCAAGUUCAAUUAUAGUGAUCUCAGACCUUUCCCUGACCCGGUAUUAUUGGGACCAAUGUCCGUUGGCUUGAUGAUGAUGAUCAUUGUUUCAUUUUUCCAAUUCCAUUUCUUUAUGCCGAUACAUAGUCUUGUUUCUAACAAAAUCCGAUCAAAGCACUACAUUUACUACAGAAUGAUUUCCUCGCAAAUAUCUUACUUGUUUUUGGCGUUGGGGUUCACUCUCUUGUUUUAUAUAUUCAGCAAGGAGAAAAGAUUCUUUUUGAUUUUUUGGCUAGCGACAUAUUUGACCAUUGCUGGGGUUGGUGGCGUGAAUGAAAAUAUGGCAUUGGUCUUGUUUGUUACUUAUCCACCCUUGGUUGGAUUUUGGUUGUUGUUUUGGGUGAUCUUGAACAUUUCUCCGAGCUUCAACUUGAUUGAAACUUUGCCGGUUUUUUACAGGUACGGUUACGCUUUGCCAAUAUAUAAUUACUUAGAGUGCCUCAAAGUUAUUCUCUUAGAGUCUUGGAAUGGCGAGCUCCAUCGAAACAUUUUGGUUCUUGUUGCCUGGGUAGUGGUAAAUAACUUAAUUUUCCCAUUAACCAUCAGAUUCUUCACUUAUAAAAUGGCGAAAAAGAUGGCAGAUCAAUGA